AUGUUCUGUCGUCUCAAGUUCUUGGCCGAAGGCUCACCAACAACAGUAGCAUCUGCGAACCAAUUCCUCGAGCGCAUAAAGCAUCUGAAGUUAGAGCCAGACGAAUCCAUGGUAUCCUUUGAUGUCGUUUCGCUCUUCACGUCCAUUCCACAGCAACUAGCGAUAUACGUUGUUGACCAACUACUGGCAGAGCGCUAUGAGGAGUGGGACAAUCCCCUGAAGUCUGAACAUCUGCUCGAGCUUCUGCGAUACUGCCUCAAGACCUAUUUCACCUUUGGUGGACAAAUGUACGAACAAAUAAAAGGCUCUCCUAUGGGCUCCCCUCUAUCAGACCUAAUCGCUGAAGUAGUUCUCCAACGGAUAGAACACUCGGUGUUCACCAAGUAUCCACUAAAGUUCUGGGCUCGCUAUGUCGAUGACACCUUCGUCGUUGUCAAAACAACUGACAUUGAGCACCUAAAGGAACUACUGAACUCGGUUGACCCGGAUAUCCAAUUUACUAUGGAAUCAGAAACGAACAACCAACUGCCAUUCCUUGACGUGCUUGUGCGCCGGUGUACAACUGGACAACUGCAAACCGCAGAAUUCCGGAAAUCAACCAACACGAGUCAGAUCCUACACUUCAACAGCAACCAUCCUCUAUCUCACAAACGUAGCUGUGUCCGCACUCUAUUCCAAAGAGUAGAAACAUACUGCAGUACGCCAGAAGAUAAAAGUGCCGAACGAAUGUAUCUUCAGAACCUAUUUGCAGCCCAUGGAUACCCAAGACAUUUUAUCGAGAGAAGCAGACGUCGGGCGCACAGACAACGGCCAAAUGAGCAGCAACCUGAAGUCUGGAGGGCCAUUCCCUACAUUAAAGGGGUCUCUGAGGCGGUCUCUUGA